AUGGAGCGGGAACCUGUCUCCCCGCUCACUUUCUUGGGCCGUGUUUGCGUUUCUAAAGCCAAGCUGUACAACCUGAGCCCGGAGGACAUUUACCUGGUUCAUGACGACCUGGACAAGGCCCUGGGGAAGGUGGCGAUCAAGCUGGGAGGCAGCGCAAGGGGACACAACGGGGUCCGAUCCUGCAUCAGCGCUCUGCAGUCUGACGAGAUGACGCGGCUCAGGGUUGGCAUUGGCCGUCCAGAGGGCAAAACAACAGUGACCUGCUACGUCCUGGGCCCGUUCAGCAGCAAGGAGCAGGAGAUGCUGCAGCAGGUCCUGACCCAGGCAGCCACUUGCCUGCUGGAGCACAUCCUGCAGAGGAGAGCACCCCAUGGAGAGCCAGGGGACAGGGGGUGACACUAGCCCUUGAGGACUCGCAUGGCUGAUGGACUGGACACUCUGGACUCUCUUGGGUGACCGUGGUGCUGAGCAGA